AGAAUAAAUAUUUUAGGCUUAUCAAAGAAACAGUCGCCAGAAGUAGUCAGCGAAACCGUUUACAUUGAACCUCGGGUGGGUUAGUGGAGUUAUACUGCAUCAAACGCCACCGUCUCCACUAAACGCGGUAAAAAGUGAAUCAUGCCAAAGCGUGGAAGGGGUGGAUCUUCAGGUGGAAAGUACCGGAUUUCUCUGGCUUUGCCCGUCGGGGCAGUAAUGAAUUGUGCUGAUAACAGUGGCGCCAAGAACCUGUAUGUGAUUGCCACAUUUGGUGUUCGUGGUCGCCUCAACCGUCUUCCCUCCGCAGCCACUGGUGAUCUUAUUGUCUGUUCUGUUAAGAAGGGAAAGCCAGAACUGCGUAAAAAAGUAUUGUAUGCCGUAGUUGUCAGACAGCGGAAAGCUUACAGACGGAAAAACGGAGUCUUCAUUUACUUCGAAGAUAAUGCCGGCGUUAUUGUGAAUAACAAAGGAGAAUUGAAAGGAUCUGCAAUUACUGGACCUGUAGCCAAGGAAUGUGCGGAUAUGUGGCCAAAGAUCGCAUCUACUGCCAGCUCUAUCCAUUAAUCAAUAAAAUAACUUCUGGCAUCGUAUCAGUUGUUUUUUCACUUGCUUUAACUGUGCAAUGCUCUAAGCUUUAGUUAACCGUGGAGUUUUAUGUAAGCGUGUGGAUGCAUGAUUCUUAUUAAUAAGUGACAGUAAAUUCAGAAGUCGAACGUCAUGGAGUGACCACUUUUGUAUGUACACUGAGAUGCUAUUUGGAAUAAUUUCACAGAAAGUUGACUAAAAGGCAUGAUAGCGAAGUGAUAAGUUGGUAAGGUUAUCAGUGGGAAUAUUUAUUUACAUAUCAUUCGACUUGCAUAUUUGGAUUAUAGUGAAGUUGCUGACGACUGGCAAAAUGAAAUGUACAUCGGUUUAUUAAGAAGCUGUUUGGUUAAGUCAUUAUAUAAGUUUCGUCUGAUAGAAGUAACAGGCCAUGAUGUGGCAGGUGAGUCGGUCUAUAGA